AGCAUCAAAAGAGUGCCCGUCGUCGGUAGCGCGUCACCGAAUCAAACAUGUCUGUCAGCGGCUCUCUGCUAUAACGCGCUCAGCACGCGCUUCACCACCGAGAUCCGCGACACGCUCAUGCGACUGCGGAUAUUCGUGUUCCGUGUGACAUAGAAGAAUGAUUAUUCACAAUCGAGUGAUUAAUAUUAAAUAAAGGCCUAGAUAUCUACAGACACUGGAGCCUCAUUUGAAGAAGCGUCGCAUGUGAUCCGGGUGCACUGCACAAUGUUUUGUGAUGGACAGGAAGAGGAGGACAGUGGUCUGUCAAUCCUGUGUUUAUGACCAGUCAGCACAGUGACUCGCACUCAUGCCAUAGAUGUCCUCCCCUUAGCUCACGAGCUUACUUUAUUUUCUCCCUGUCCCCGCUCUUCCCUCUCUCAUGCAUCUUGCUUUGCCUUCACUCCCUCUCUCUUCUCUAAUCUCUCCACCCCUUCUGACUUUUCCGUCCUCCUUUCCUCUGUCACUCCUGCUCUUGUGUCGGAUGUCAUGAUGGUGUGCUGCAGUCGAGCACUGGACUCCCCCUGCACUCUGGCUCUGCUGGUGGGCUUCCAAUUUGCAUUUGUCCUGUACUUCUCUCUGGGAGGCUUUCGUGGCCUAGUGUCCGUUUUGGUUCAUUCCACUGAGCCUGAGAUCGACUACUCUCGACCGCAUGACGUCUACACCAAUCUGACCUCUCUGCUGGUCCACCAUCCAGGACCCAGUGGACCCGAACAGCAGAUAAGGGACUGUACACUGCCCUCUCCACUGCUGGUGGGUCCUGUUUCUGUCCACCUCUCCUCACCCCCCUCCCUGGAGGAGAUAAAAGAGAAGAACCCCUUGGUGACCUUAGGGGGUCAUUACCGCCCACCAGACUGUGAAGCACGGCACCACACAGCCAUCGUGGUCCCCUACCGGAACCGUCAGACCCACCUCCGCGCCCUCCUCUACCAUCUGCACCCCUUUUUGCAGCGCCAGCAGGUCCACUACGGCAUUUACAUUGUGCACCAGUCAGGGAACUCCACGUUUAACCGAGCAAAGUUGCUAAAUGUUGGAGUGCGAGAGGCGCUGAAAGAGGAGGACUGGAGCUGUGUUUUCCUGCAUGACGUUGACCUGCUACCUGAGAAUGACCACAAUACCUACACCUGCCACCCCCAGUACCCAACACACCUCUCCGUGGCUAUGGACAAGUUCAGAUACAGGCUUCCAUACUCUCAGUACUUCGGAGGGGUGUCUGCUGUAACUCCGGAGCAGUAUCUCAAAAUGAACGGCUUUCCGAACCAGUAUUGGGGCUGGGGAGGGGAGGACGAUGACAUCGCAGCUCGAGUCCGUCUCUCUGGGAUGAAGAUAAUGCGCCCUCCUUUGGCCAUUGGUCAUUAUAAGAUGAUCAAACAUAAAGGAGAUCAGGGUAAUGAGCAGAACCCGAGAAGGUUUGAUUUGCUGAAGCGCACAAGGCUGAACUGGCGCUCAGAUGGACUGAACUCAUUGACUUAUAAGCUCCUGUCCAAAGAGUUGGACCCAUUGUACACCAAUUUGACUGUCAACAUUGGGGAUGAUCCACACCAUCCUCCUGUGAAGGAUCCAUCCUGGAAGUCACAGCCUCAACCUGCUCCAACUAAUAAGAUGAAGACUGAAAAAGUGGGCGUGGCCAUCACUAAUACCACAAAAAUAGAGAAAGCCAGUAAUGAAACGUCAAAUGUUGUUAAAAAAGCUCCUGUGAAUCAAGAAGUUGGAUGAUAUUGAUAAUGGAGUUUCCACAGAGGCUUCUAACAGACAAUGGAGGGAAUACCAGUUUGCGCUUUGUUUUAUAUCGUGAAGCAUUGCUACUAGGCAAAUAAGUUCAUUCCACUGAAAGUCGACUGAAGCUGUUUGGCAACCUCUGAAUGUUGCUCAGCUACUGAUAUGGUGACAUUUGCACAAGUCUGGAAUCAUUUGCUGAAGAACUCGUUUUGCUGUAGAAGUCGUAUCAGAAUGGGCUGAGUUGUGAACGCUCUCAAAAGUGACCUAUCGACGUACCUGUCCAAGUCCAGUGUGUUUUUGAGCCGACCUGCUGCCAGCUGCUGCUCUUCAUCCCACUGUGUGGGUCUGUUUUUCUGUGCCUUUUCUUCCCUUGAUCCAGUCUCUUAUCAACAUGCCAUGACUCAGUCAAAAGCAUUAUUACUGCAUACCACUGUUAUUAAUACUAGAGUUGAAUGCUCAUUCCACAUGUUUAUCUAUUUUUCUUUACUUUCAAUAUCUAAUCAGCACACACUGCUUUGUGAUCUAGUGCUUGAGCAGACGUGUAUCACUGUGGUCUAUUUUUGGUCUAACUGUACAAACUUAGAAAGGUGUGAUCUUUGAUAGUGAGCACUGGUUUAUUUUCUCUUUUAGCUGCUCAGAUAUCUAUUAAUAGUUUUAUGAUACAGUAUAAAAGAGUUGAAUUGUUGUAGGUAUUUUGUGGUGCCUUUGUUGGAUUCCAUUUUGGUUGUAGACAAUCAUUGGGAUAAGCCGAUACAUUUACUUCUAUUAUUUGAAUUCAGGAAUAUGUUUCUGUCAGAUUAGAUUUGAUGGUUAGGUUGAAGGUGUGACUUUAUUGUAAGAUGUUAGUUGACAUUUUUAGAUUUUAUAAACAUUAACCAGUUAAUGGGUAUUUUUAUGAUUAGUUAUAUAGCAGCAAGAAUUAGUUUUAUUUAUUGUUCAAAAAUAUUGGUUGAUAUCACCCAUCAUGGUACUUUUUCAGUAUAUGCUGUAAAUUAAGCUGAAAUCUAUAUUAAAUACAAUCAUUGAGUAUAAGCUAUUUGAGGAACAAAGAUUUUAGUGGCAAGUUCUUUUGAAAAUAAAAUUGUAUUGCACAUUAUGUUAGCAGAUCCACUGGCAUUUUUCCACUAAAGAUCAAAUAAUUAUCUGUAAAUGAUAGUCUGAAGGUGCUCAUUCAUUGAGAUUUUACCCCAUCAUGUGACAUGAUGCAUAUCUUGUUGUAUUUACGACAUAUUUCAAAACCUAAAUAUACAUUUCAAAGAGUGUUGAAAGAUCAGUAUAUUAUGUAUUCUGAUUUUGAUACACAAUUAUUUGUAUGACCGACUUAAGAUUUGCAUUUGAAUUAGAACUAUAAAAGGUUUUUGUAAAUAAUUAAAGACAGUAUUCUGACAUGCAUGGGGCAGGUAUAUUUCAUCAUAGCAUAUUUGCAAGACUCUUGUAUACCAUAUAUAUAUAAUUAUUAAAGUAUAUAGUUUUCUAUCA